AUGGCCUGUGUCUUUACUCCUCUUUUUGAAGACUCUGAGGAGCAUUUUGGGAGAUCUGUGCCUGCUUUGCAUCCAAAGUUUUACCUGACAAUGACCAAACCAAUGGCAGAUGAGAGAGAGGCAGUACAGCUGGAGCAGUAUCUUCAGAAAGUUACUUUGGAUUCAAAUAUUACAAAUAGUGAUGUCUUCAUAAUUCUUUUUGAAAAGAGUAAGUUAGAUAUGUUUAAGAUCCAAACCCAGAGAGCCUUUUUGGAUGUUUAUCUCUCUUAUGGCAGCAACGGUAGACUUUAUAUCCAGUCAUCAGACACUGCAAAAAGAAUAUUACAGGUAAUGGCUUUUUGGAAUUCUGUUGAAAGUUUCCAUUUGUUAGUUACAUUGUGUGAGGUAGGUAUGUUGAGAGAAUUCAUAAAAUAUUCUAGCCUAUUUUUCUUUCCAAAUUAUAAUGAUGAAGCUCUCUCUGAUGUGGUGGAAAAAGUGGCAGAACUUGAACUUCCUUAUGUGAGACUUCAGAGCAUGAAGAAGUUGCACUGUAAGCUUGGGAUCAGAAAGUGGUUGUAUGGAUCCUUCUCUCAAUUGCUGAUGGAUUGUAGAAUUUCACUGAACUUGCUACAUAUGCAGGCAGUCCAGGAAGUUAAGAGGAAUUGGGUUAAACCAACAGAUGAGCAGAUGCAGGAACUUCAAUUUCUACAAAAAAUCUUGAUGUUUGAUCCUUUUAUUUGUGACUAUCCAGAAGAAAGCUGCUCAGCUGACAUUCAUGUUGGUAAUGAUGAGAUCAGCUGCUGCAGGAUGCUGCCUACUAACCAAAUAGAGGUCAGCUUUAAAAUCAACAGGUUAAGAAUUUGACAGGUGACUUUUCUUGAAGCCAGAGAAGACAUACUGGAGCUCUGAUUUGAGUACAAUGACUCGGGCACAUGAAACUGGAUAAUUUUGUACACAAAACAGACCUUUGUGUUCAGCAGCUGCUUGAAGAAAAUGGUAUCAGAACAGACAACGAAGGCAGCCAAAGGCCAAGAAAUGAUCAAGAUGCCUGAAUAUAUGAAAAAUAGUAAGAAAUCCAGCAACCAACAAAAACAGGUAAUUCAUUUGGGUUGUAUCUCAAGUAAAAGAUUUUUAGUUAGGCCAAAUGAAGAUUACUGUGUAUUUGAGAAAAUAAGAGAAGAGGACCUUAAUAAUUUAUUUUAG